GCAGGUUAUAUACGUCACCAUUACUAUAGUCCGUCAACAUUUGCGACGCACGUUGCUUAUUAGUUUUUGAGCCUUUAGCAGUGAGCAGUGACAUCUACACAUCUUCACAUGGCGAAUGGAUGCAAAGACGUGUUGUUUUCACGUGGAGGUGGACAGAGUGACGAUUCGGAUAUAUGGGAUGACACAGCAUUGAUAAAGGCUUAUGACAAGGCAGUCUCAUCAUUCAAGACUGCCCUUAAGGGUGAAGAUGAGCCGGAAGCCUCCAAGAAAAAACAACCAGGAAAAAAACGCAAGAACAACAAAAAGAACCAGAGCAGGAAAAGAACCAAUACAGCACCAGAUAAAGAGUGGCAGGUUGGGGACUCGUGCAGUGCGUACUGGUCAGAGGACGCCCAGCUCUAUGCAGCCUCCAUCUCCUCCAUAGACGAGGAGAAGGGCACGUGCAUAGUUGUUUUUACAGAAUAUGGCAACGAGGAGGAACAGAACCUUGAAGACUUGCUUUCAGAGAUUUCUGAGGAAGAUGAGGAGACGAAUACCAAGGUAAAGGAGGUAGAAUCGUCAACCGAGGAGAGUGACCGGUCAGCCACACCAAACAAACACAAACAACAGCCACACAGUAAACCCCAGAAGUCCAAGGCCCACCGAGAACCUCCUCCUAUGUGGGCUCCUGGUUUCCCUGGGUUUCCUCCAGGUCCACCUCCCAUGCAUGCUUUCAGACAGGGGGGUAGCAGACGAUCUGGUGGUCAGGGGCCUGCGCCUCCUUCCUGGCCUCCCAUGAUGCCUUUUGGUCCACCAAUGAUUCCUCCACCUCCACCGAUGAGCCCUGAUAUGGUGGAUGACGAGGCUUUGGGCAGCAUGCUGAUCUCCUGGUACAUGAGUGGAUAUCACACUGGAUACUACUUGGGGUUGAAACAAGGUCGCAAAGAAGCCGCCAAUUGGACGAAACUGCACCACAAAUGAAAUGAUCCACUCAACAGUUCAGAGUUUCAGUUUCAGAGCCACCCUCCCUGUUGUGCCUAAUGUGUGUUUUUCUUGUUUCAAUGAAAUGUUAUGAACUAAGUGUACAUGCUGUGAACAGAACGUACAUCUGAGCUCAAGGAAAGUUUUGUAUUCUUUGUAAAUAGAUUAAAUAAAGGCUAUGAGAGCACAGUUCAUGCCUCGCUCGAUGUUUUGUUUUCAUUGCACUGUAGCAUACAUGCACUCUCUAAAAUUAAACUUUAUUAGACAGGU